AAGGGAUCAGGAGCGGGAGCUGAGGGGAGGGAGAGGCCGGUUCGGGUCUGGCCGCUACCGCAGCUUGCCUGAGGUGUCCGGCCCGGCAACAGCUCCGUCCUCGGUUCCUGGGUACCGUCUGCGAGGCCCCGCCGAGCCAGCGUGGGAGGGCCGCAGGCGGCAGGCGCCGCAUCAUGUCAGCCAAGGACGAGCGGGCCAGGGAUAUCCUGAGAGGCUUCAAACUGUAUCCGCCCGGGAGCAGGGGCGGGGCCGGGGAGGACUUGGGAGGAGGCCGUGGCUUGCAGGAGCCGGGCAGUGGCCGGGGCGCCAGAAAUUGGAUGAAUCUACGGGAUGCUGAAACAGGAAAGAUACUCUGGCAAGGGACAGAAGACCUGUCUGUCCCUGGUGUGGAGCAUGAAGCCCGUGUGCCCAAGAAAAUCCUCAAGUGCAAGGCAGUGUCUCGAGAACUGAACUUUUCUUCUGCAGAGCAAAUGGAAAAAUUCCGCCUGGAACAAAAAGUUUAUUUCAAAGGGCAAUGCCUAGAAGAGUGGUUCUUCGAGUUUGGCUUUGUGAUCCCUAACUCCACAAAUACCUGGCAGUCCUUGAUAGAAGCAGCACCCGAGUCCCAGAUGAUGCCCGCCAGCGUCCUAACGGGCAAUGUCAUCAUAGAGACAAAGUUCUUUGACGACGACCUUCUCGUCAGCACGUCCAGAGUGAGGCUUUUCUAUGUCUGAGAGAAGAGCUUGUGUGCACUUGAAGAAUUUGGACCGGGGCAGGAGGAAGCUUUACUUUUUGCUCCACUCGCUUGAUUUUUGAUACUUCAGCUGAUUCCUCGACACAGAACCCACCUGUGACAGCAGGAAACCAGCUCUGUAUAGGUAGCCAGCUGGCUUUUUCUCCCACAACCUCCAUGUCCACUGACAAGACUAAACUCCCAACCCCAGCUGAGCGCAGGGGACAAGCCUCGACUCCUUCCUGGUGCAAGCAUGGGGACAAACCCAUACCAGGAGCCACAGUGCGCCCGUCACCUGCCCCGCCUCCUCCUUGGGCCCUACAGGCUUUCUUUGGCCUCUGGUUUUGAAAAAAUUUACCUUCCUGACCCAUUUAAUUUUUUUCCUACCACUUCUAUUUCAUACAUUCUCAUACCUUUAACUUGUAAAAUAGACUAUGAUAUUAUUAUUACAUAAUGUAAUUAAAGCAUUAAAAUAUUCCUACUGUCUUUA